AUGGAUUCCACCAUUCGACAGUUAAAGCAACAGAAUGACGUGCUUGAAGAUAACAUUGCCGGCCUACGAUCCACACUCGCGCAGUCAGUUACACGUCCACCAUCAAGGGUCCAACUAGCUUCGAAUGCGGAACCUGGAGCCGAAAACGCGAGUCUUCCACUACCUGACUUCCAGAGAAGUAACUCUCCAUCAGGAGACGCUCUGAUAUCGGCUCCUGCCAAUAACCCUGCGGCCCCUUUCAGUAAUAACACCACCACAUAUCUCUUGUCUAUCCACGAGGCCUUGCGAGAGGAGGUCCUACAGCUCUCUACCACAGUUGCAGACCUCGAUGCACGCACAAACAUAUCGAUGAUGAACGAAAACCUACGCGUGAGAGAAGACAUGGCGCAUCUCACCGCUGGACUCAACACUGUCAGGAUGCAGGUCCAUUUGCUCAUGAAUUCUCGAUUACACCAUAGUCAGAGAACACCGAUCAAUGCUCGUGCUGCUUCGGCUGCUGGUAGUAGUAAUAAUGGAGGAGACAUGGACGGUCCAUCCUCUGGACAAAGCAGGUUCCCACCUGCUACCGGGCCGGAACCACAGAGAGGAAGGCGACCGAGCGAUAGCGGCUGGGAGGGUACGAAGCUAUGA